AUGAAUGUUAUCAUCUGGAAUUGUAGAGGUGCUCUGAAGCCCUCUUUUAGGAAGCAUGUUACUGAUUUGGUGCAGAAAUACAACCCAUCAAUUUUGGUUGUUAUGGAAACCCGUGUAGGGGGUGAUAGAACUAGGGAGAUCACGAAUUUGUUGCCGUUUGAUGGAGCAUUCCAUAUUGACUCCAUUGGCUAUGCAGGGGGUCUUUGGGUUCUGUGGAAUGCUGACAGAGUUGAUUUAGCCUUACUCGCCAGUACUGAGCAGAAGGUUCAUGCGGAGGUGAAGGUACGUUUCACAAACACUAGCUGGUUAUUAUCUGUUGUGUAUGCUAGUCCUAGGAAUGCCAAAAGGCAAAUUUUGUGGAAAAAUCUGAUGAAUGUGGCUGAUUUACAUAAUAUGCCUUGGGUUAUAGCUGGUGACUUUAAUGAACCUCUCCUUAGUGAGGAUAAAUUUGGGGGUAGGGGGGUGAGUGUGAAUAGGUCUCUUUUGUUCAAAGAGUGUUUGGAUAAAUGUAAUAUGAUGAAUAUUGGUUUCGCGGGUCCCCGUUUCACUUGGACAAAUAGGAGGGAGGUUCAAGCUUUGAUCCAAGAGAGAAUUGACAGAUUUUUUGUUAACCCGAACUGGUGUGUUUUGUACCCUGAUGCAAAAAUAACUCAUUUGACUCGGUGUCACUCGGACCAUUGUCCUGUGCUCCUGGAGUUGCAGCCGAGAACCCAAAAUGGGAGGAGUAGGCUUUUUCGGUUCCAAACUGGCUGGAUGUUGGAUCCUUCCUUUCUUCCUUUAGUGCACCAGGCAUGGGAAAGGAAUGAUGGGCUGGUGAAUGCCAUUAAUUGUUUUACUCGGAAGGCGAUGGAGUGGAAUAAAAAUCAAUUUGGGAAUAUUUUCACUAGGAAAAAGAACUUGAUGUCGAGGCUGAAUGGUAUUCAAAGAUCUCUAGCUUUACGCCCAUCGGAGUUUCUGGUUAAUUUGGAAGAUGAGCUUCUUAGGGAGCUGGAUCUUGUGCUUAGGCGGAGGAGGAGUUGUGGGCUUUAA